CGUUCCUUGUCUGCGCCGCAGCUCCCGCUGCUGCCCGGCGUCGCUGCUCCGCGCCGCGGUGUACGGCAUGGCGCCGGGCGGGCGCUGAGGCCCCGAUGGAGCUGGCGGCACUCGGGCGGCUGCGGCGGCUCCUCCCCGCGGCUCCGCGGCCCGGCUGCGCCCCGCCACCGUCCCGGGCCGCGCAGACGGGCGGUGCUGGAGCUCCGCGGCCGCGCCGCGAUCUCUACGAGGUGCUGGGUGUCCCGUCCACGGCGACGGCGGCGCAGAUCAAGACGGCGUACUACGAGCAGUCGUUCCGGUACCACCCCGACCGCAACGCCGGCAGUGCGGCCGCGGCCGCGCGCUUCGCCGCCGUCAGCGAGGCUUACCGGGUGCUGGGCAGCGCCGCUCUGCGCCGCAAGUACGACCGCGGGCUCCUGAGCGCCGAGGAGCUGCGCGACGCACCCCGGCCCUCGGGCCGCCCUCCCGCCGCUGCCUCGCCGCCGCCCCGCGCCCCCGCUGCCCGCCCGGGGCCCGUCCCGCCACCCUUCGACUUCGACGCCUUCUACCGCGCGCACUACGGGGAGCAGCUGCAGCGGGAGCAGCUGCUGCGGGCGCGGCGGGAGCAGCUGCGCCUCCGGCGGGAGGAGGCCGCGGCACAGGGACGCCUUAGGGCCCUCUCCGAUCUCUCGAUCGGGCUCCUCUUCUUCCUGAGUGUUGCCAUCCUCUACGGCCUCAAGUGACAGCGGGGCCGCGGCGGGGUUGGGCAGCCCCCGGAGCGCCCACCCUGCUCCACAGUGUCACCAGGGAGCUUGGCAGCGGGCUGGGAGCGUGCCCUGCACACGCUGUUGGCAGUACCCUGUAUCUGCUGCUCAGGCUGUGACAUUUCACUCUGCCGGUGUGACCUUCAGGGAUGGUGUAUGACCAGCAGGCUCCAUAGCCAGCUGGCCCCUCUGCCAGCAUGACCUUCAGACACAGAGUGCCCCUGGCUGGCACAGGAUGUGACGUCUGGAUACCCUCUGUGCACUCUGGUCCACAGGCUAGGCUAGGCUGUACUGUGCCACCAGCAUGACCUUGCAGAAGUGGUGCAGGAGCUUUGCGGGUUCUGAUGUGUCCCCUCAGCAAUACCACUUGCAGACACAAUGCCUGACAAGUAAACAUGGUUCCUGGACUCUGGACUGGGAUGUGUCCCCUCUUUUGGCACAGCCCCAGGUGCCUCUUGUGAGCCGCAGCUGAGAUUAAAGGCUGUCAGAGGUGGUGUGUGCUGUGUAUGUUCAGGGCUAUGCUCAUUCAUGCUCAGAUGUGGCUCUAGUUUCUGCUGAUCCAGACCUGCCACCUCUGUGCUGUCACACCUGCUGGUAAUACAUCUCUAGAGAGUUUUUGAUGUCCAAACUGCAUCACCCUGCUCAGGGUGGCGGGUACAGAAGUCUUAGAUUCAGACUUGAAAAAUGAAACCCAAGCCCAUGGUGCCUCAUGUCCUGAUCAGUGUGUGACAUUGCCUGGAGGUGGAGGCAAAACACUUUGGUGUCUGAAGUCCUCUGUCCUGUCUAGGGCCUUCCAGAAACUUUACACAAGUCCCUGCCUCCGAGGCUUUUGGCCAUGAUGCACCUGUGAGCACCGAGUACUAUUUCCUGUGUUUUACAUGUAUCUGAGCAUCAUUUGCACAAGUUUAUUUGCCUGUUUUAAUACUGAAAUGUUUUAAGAACUAAAGAUUGUGUUUCUCAGAAACUUUUCUCUCUCCUUGGGUGACGGUUCACCUGUGCUAUGUCACUGCUACCUGGAGGGAGAGAAGCUUCAUGGCAGUGGCCUGAGAGUGCCAAAGACUGUGCAUCACUGGGUUUGCUGUCAGGGGGGUGAGCAGGAGCCCAGCCCUUGUUACCUCGUGACCCAGACCCUGGGUUGUGUUUUGUCCCAGCACAAGAAUGUUAAAAGUGAAAGCCCUGUGUUUUCCACUGCAGAGUUCUGUGAUCCUGGUGGGAGCCUGAGGCAGUGGCACGGCAGGGACCACUGUUUCUGCUGGUUGUGCAGGAUUGCUCUCUGCUUGCUCUCAAAAGCCUUGUGCCACUUCCAGCUGCACGCUAGAGGCUGCUGCAUGCUUGGAGUAAAUUCAGCCCAUGGGCAGAGAGCUUUCCAGCAUCCUUGCUGGAUGCCAGUCUAUCCCUUUACCUGGGACUACAGCACUGAAAUGUCAUCAUGGGAGAAACAGGAGCCCUGUGUUCGCUGGCUACAGAGGGAAAGUGUCUGUGGCUCUGGCACUUGCUGAUGCAUUUUUCAUGCUUAUCUUCAUUCUGUAAACAAAAUCACUUGAAAGAUCAGAGGUAGCUUUUUUGGCAGAAUUUGGCAGGAAACAUUACUUCCCAGGCUGGAAAACCUAGUGAUGUCUGUGGGAAGCAGUGGGCACUGGGGAGCAUUUCUCUAGCUCCUACCCAAACAGGUGAUUUGGGCAGUUCCUGCUACUGGUUCUUCAUUUUCAGGUCUCCGUGAUGUAUCUUGAAGAUUAAAGACAUCCAGCCAUAAA